AUGAACGUGACGCCGUUGCCGAAGGUGCGAUGCGGCCCUUUGAUCCCGAGGAGGCACCCGCGGGCGGUGAUCGGCAGCCCGAAGGGCGCGAUAGGCUACCGAUUGCGAGAGCGCGCUGACUGCGUUAUCCUGCCGUACCGGGACAGGUCCGCGAUCGAGCAGCACGAGGCGGAGAGGAGGAGGGAGCACGAGCACCUGAUCAAGACCAUGGACUUCGAGGAGCAGACGGACAGAAGGAUCAACAAAAAGAAAGUCUGGAGCCACGUUCGGCAAGGACUAGCAGCCCACGAGGAUACAGUGAACGAGCGAAGGCAGAAGCUUCGCGAGGUUCUGCUGCGCGAGCAGAUGAGCCUGACCCGCGAGGUGGUCGAUCAGGCCCAGCACGGCGAUGACGCGAGGAUGGACGAAAUGCGGGAGCGGACGGAGCAGCUGAGGAAGCAGCAGGAGGAGCAGCGUCUGGCGCUGGUGGCUGCGAAAAGGAUGCAACAGUACCUGGCCCGGUGUCCCGAGAUCCGGGAGCAGAUGGCUAAGAAGUACACGGUCGAGGUGAAAGAGAGUAACCUGAUUCAAAUGGCGGAGAACGAGGCUAAAAGGCGAGAGAACGAGGAGAUAGAGAAAUUGUGGCACAACCUGAUGCUGAGAGACGUGGAAGCGAAGAAGGAGAGGGAGGUAGAGGAAGCUAAGACUCGUUGUCUCGGUGGCCGAGAAGUAGUCAUGACUCUAGAGAAGCAGAUAGCGGGCAAACUGGCCCUGGAGGAACAGAAGAAGCAAAUUCAGGAAGAGGACAGGGAGUACGUGGCCUGUCUGAAGGAGGAGAUGCGCAAGGAGGAACUGGAGAGGCUGGAGAACGAGCGUAGGAAAAGGGAUGCGUUGAAGAAGGAACUCCAGGAGCAAGUGUUAGGCGCGAAGAGACGACUAGCCGAAAAGGCUCGCAGAGAGGCUGAAAUGGACCGUUUGAGGGACACCUUGGCAGCAGCAGAGCUGGCUAAGGAGAAGAGCAAGAUUAAGGAGUCCAGCGUUGCCCUGCGCAGGGAGCUAUUAGCCUAUUUGCAGUACCUGGAAGACGUCAGGAAGGAAGAAGCCAUGAGGAACGUCGCCGUGGAUCGCAUCAUCGAGGAAUCAGCGAAAGAAGCUAAUGCCAGGCGAGACCUCGCGGUGAAGCAGUUCAAGGAAGCUAGGAAGAGAGUUCUGCAGGAUGUUCUUCGGGGUCGCGACGAACAAAUGGAACUGCAGCGUCAGAGGGAAAGAGACGAAGAAGAGAAACGCAGGUUGGAGAGGGAGGAGAUGGAAAAGGCUAUCGAGACAGAGGCAAAGUUGACUAUUUACGCCAGACAAGAGGAUAAGGAUCGGAAACUACGAUACAAACGGGAUCUCGAGGAGCAAAGGAAGUGCGCGGACGACUGCCGUCGCCGGGAAGCCGAGGGAACGGAGAAAUGGUACCGGGAAGAGGCGAAACGGCGGGAAGAGGACCUGAAGCUUACCGACGAGCUGCUGACGGCUUCCGAGGAUAUCACGCCGCAUCCUUUCAAGGUAUUGCUGAAGCAAUGCGCUGCGAGAUACGCCGCGGAGAAAGAGGGUCAGUGUUACUGUCCUCCUCCUUUAUCCGCGGAGUGA